AUGAGCGAACUUUCUUUCGCCAAAUCGUUCCUCACGACCCUCUCAAGCCGCCCCUCCAAGAUCUCACCAACACAUGCUGAAGACCCCAAAUCCUACCCACCCCGCGGCGCUUACAUCCUCCCGAAACUCCCCAAGACCCUCCCCAAACGCAGGAAGCUCGCCCCAGGUGCCCAGCGCACAUUAACAAUCACUUUACGCUCUGCGCGCAACCCUCCAAUCGAAGUCGCCCUCAAGCAGCAGUCACCCCUUCUCUCAGUGCUUGACCUGAAAGCCGAAGUAUCCGCGCAGGCAAAUGUACCGGUAGAUAAAAUCAAGAUUUUGCACCGGCGGAAGCCUGUCGGCGACGCCAAGGUCGUCGAGGAGCUGGUUGGCGAGGAGGAUACCGAGAUUGAGUUUGGAAUUAUGGUUAUUGGAGGCGCGGCAAGUGUGGCAACGAAGACCAAUGGUAAAUCGGACGAGCAGUUGCCUAGUGCGGCGGUUGGGGAGAGUGGAAGGGAGGUAUUUGGGACGGAGGCGUUCUGGACGGACCUGAGGGGUUUCCUGGCACAGAGGGUAAAGGACGCGGGAGAUGGAGAACGGGCAGCCACACUGUUUCGAGAGGCUUGGGAGGCGAGGAAUGGUGCGUCAUAG